GCUAGCAGAGUGAGAGAGAAGGGCGGUCUGUGAGAAUAUCUGUCUGUGUGUGUGUGCGUGUGUGUGUGGGGAAGAGAGACAGAGAGAGAGAAGCAGACAGAAACAUGCACACUUAGGGGUGUGUCUUAGACAAUUAGUUCCUCAAGGAAGUACAACUCUUAUCUUGAAACAGAGUGUCGAACAGAUCAGAGAGUUUCUUUGGACGUUUUUGUGUAGUUCCAUCCCUGCUUAAGGAUAGCAUUGUUUAAAAAACCUGGAUGUUGAUCACCUGAGCUGUGCACACAAGGAGGACAGAGACUUGACAGAGAGGAGGGAGGGAAAGAACAGAAAAAGCAGAAAUGGAGAACUUUAGCUCCAGAGACUUGGCUAUGAAAGCCCAGAAGAAGAUUCUCAGCAAUAUGGCCAACAAGUCAGUAGUGCAGAUGUUCAUUGAUGACACCAGCAGUGAGAUCCUGGACGAGCUGUACCGUGUCUCAAAGGAGUACACAGGGAACCGUGCAGAGGCCCAGAAAGUGAUUAAGGACCUGAUUAAAAUCGUUGUGAAGGUUGCUGUGCUUUUUAAGCACAACCGUUUCAGUGAGGAGGAGCUCAGCUUAGCACAGACCUUCAAGAAGAAAUUACACCAGGGAGCCAUGACAGCCAUCAGUUUCCAUGAGGUGGAGUUCACCUUUGACAAGGCGGUGAUGUCAGAGAUCCUUACCUCAUGUAGAGACAUGAUGCUCAAGCUUGUAGCCAAUCAUCUCACGCCAAAAUCCCAUGGACGCAUCAACCAUGUCUUCAACCAUUACUCUGACCCUGACCUUCUCACCCAGCUUUACAAUCCAAACGGUACUUUCAAGGGCCACCUCAGUACUAUCUGUAAUGGACUCAACAAACUGAUCGAAGAAGGCAAAUUAUGAGAGUGUGGUGCCAGUGGGACUUUAAACAGUAUUUCUUUAAAGAGACCAACAAGGUGCUGGACUAGAAGAAAGCAAGGCAAGAAUUGUAAACUCAGCAACAACGGUGAUUAACUCACUGAUUGCAGUCUCUUUGUUCAACAUUUUGUACAUUAUAGUUCACCACUGUUCUCUGCUUAUUAUAAGAAAAUCACAGUUCACAUUAUUGCUGGCAGCACAGAGAAAUAUCGAUCAAUUGUAAUUCUUGAUUUCCACCGAGUGACAGUCAUAUCAGCAAAAUUGUUUUGAUGUGAAAGAUUUGUGGAUGACUUACUUAUAUCAAUAAGCACUAUAUUCACAUCUACUCUCUUCGUAAACCUUCGUAACUUACAGUUAUCUAAAAAGCUUUGUGAACAUGUUUUCCAUAAAAGGAACAAUAAUUGAAAAAGUUAUGAGUAGUGAAGGAAGGAUGGCACAUUCAUUUUUACAGUCAUAGCCAGCCCUAAUUUAAAAAAAAGGGGGGGGGGGUCAUAAUAUUAAAUACCAGCACUGAAUUUUCUAUAAUUUUCUGUAACUGAAAAGGGAAUUAAAGCUCUGAAUAUUCAACAGUUAAUGAUGAAAUAAUGAAUGAAAAGCUGCAAUGCUGUUAGAAUUUUCUUUCUGCCCACAAUCAGGUGGAAUAAAUAGAUUUGUAAAAUUAUGCUCUGAAAAACAUGUAAUCAAUUCAAAUCCCAGUUCCACAUUAGUAAAUCUCUUCACUGCCACCUGGUGUAACUUUGUAGUAAUUGAAAACCCUGUCUGCCAAUAAUGCACUAAAGCUCACCGUGCAUUGACAAUCCUCUAUUACAUGCUUUUGUCGCCCCAAUUUCAGAUGGCCAUAUACGCUACCUGUCAAAACAGCAGGGACAAUAAGUCCUACAAAUACAAAUUUAUCCCUAAAAGAAUCUAUUAACUGUUAAGGAAAUGUGAAAAAAAGAAAAAGUUGCUAUGCACCUUAUUAUUUCUCAUGGGGCUACUGGAUAUCAAAUUAUGCACACAAACAAAACAGACAAAUUCACACAUUUGUAUACAAUACAGUAUUUAUUCUUCCUCA